AUGGCGGCGGCGUCGAGCGGCGAGAAGGAGAAGGAGCGGCCGGGCGGCGGCUUAGGAGCUGCCGGCGGUAACAGCACGCGAGAGCGGCUGCUGUCAGCGCUGGAAGAUCUGGAGGUCUUGUCGAGAGAACUUAUAGAAAUGCUGGCAAUUUCAAGAAAUCAAAAGUUGCUACAGUCUGGAGAGGAGAACCAGGUCCUGGAGUUGUUAAUUCACAGAGAUGGGGAAUUUCAGGAACUAAUGAAAUUGGCACUUAAUCAGGGAAAAAUCCAUCAUGAAAUGCAAGUUUUAGAAAAAGAAGUAGAAAAGAGAGACAGUGAUAUUCAGCAACUACAAAAACAGCUAAAGGAAGCAGAACAGAUACUGGCAACAGCUGUUUACCAAGCAAAAGAAAAACUCAAGUCAAUAGAAAAAGCAAGAAAAGGUGCUAUUUCCUCUGAAGAAAUAAUUAAGUAUGCACAUAGGAUUAGUGCAAGUAAUGCUGUGUGUGCCCCACUGACCUGGGUCCCAGGGGACCCACGGAGACCAUACCCAACUGAUUUGGAGAUGAGAAGUGGAUUACUGGGUCAGAUGAACAAUCCUUCCACUAAUGGAGUAAAUGGUCAUCUCCCAGGGGACGCACUUGCAGCGGGCAGACUGCCAGAUGUCCUUGCUCCACAGUAUCCCUGGCAGUCAAGUGACAUGGCGAUGAACAUGUUGCCCCCAAACCACAGUCAUGACUUUCUGCUGGAACCUCCAGGGCACAACAAAGAAAACGAGGACGAUGUAGAGGUUAUGUCAACAGACUCCUCAAGCAGCAGCAGUGACUCUGAUUAG